AGAUAAAUUUAAAUCGAAGUUCCCCUCGUGCUGAACACGUGUGCGCGCGAGAUAAGAGAACGACGAUACAAACAAACACCCCACCCUUCCACUGUACCCCAGGGUGAAGAGAUGACCCUCAGUCUCCUAUAUUCAGGAAUAUUUUAUAAAACAGUUUUAGCGAAUAAACGCCACCCUGCUACAGCCCGGAAGUGACGUACGAAGACACCUUAUUUAUAUCAGCGGAAGACGAGGUCGUCCUACAGAUAGACACGUGUGAUGCUUGUGGGUACUACGGGUCAGCUUCAGUCCCAAAAACAAGAGCGUGUUGGGUUUUCUUUGAUUCAGACCCGUUUCUUCACAGAAACCUGAGCUUUUUUCUACAUUUAUUGUCAUUAGGUGUCGCAAAGACUGUGUCAGAUUGAGGCUCCGAGGAGAACAUCACUCACCGGACUGUGUGCGCACCGGCUCACCGUCUUGAAAAACACUCAUCCUGUGAGAAAUUUGGACUUUUACGCUUUUCAUGCGCUAUGGCGGACUAUUUAAUCAGUGGACAGACGGGCUACGUGCCUGACGACGGUCUAACCGGACAGCAGCUCUUCAACUGCGGAGACGGCCUUACCUAUAAUGAUUUUCUGAUUCUGCCUGGGUACAUUGACUUCACAGCUGACCAAGUUGACCUGACAUCAGCGCUGACCAAACAAAUCACAAUGAAAACUCCACUGGUCUCGUCACCCAUGGAUACAGUCACAGAGUCUGGCAUGGCCAUUGCUAUGGCGCUGACUGGUGGGAUUGGCUUCAUUCAUCAUAACUGCACACCAGAGUUCCAGGCUAAUGAAGUCCGCAAGGUCAAGAGGUACGAACAGGGUUUCAUUACGGAUCCGGUGGUGAUGAGUCCUAAUGAGCGGGUAAGAGACGUAUUUCAGGCAAAAGCUCGGCAUGGAUUCUGUGGGAUUCCGAUCACUGACAAUGGACAGAUGGGCGGAUGUCUGGUCGGCAUCAUUUCAUCACGAGAUAUUGACUUCCUCAAAGAGUCGGAGCAUGACCUGCCCCUCAGUGAGGUAAUGACUAAAAGGGAGGACCUGGUUGUAGCUCCAGCAGGAGUGACACUGAAAGAGGCCAAUGAAAUCCUCCAGAGGAGCAAAAAAGGUAAGCUUCCUAUAGUAAAUGAGGAGGGCUGUUUGGUGGCCAUCAUCGCUCGGACAGAUCUGAAGAAGAACCGAGAUUUCCCGUUGGCCUCAAAGGACUCUCGUAAACAGCUGCUUUGUGGUGCUGCCAUCGGAACACACAAUGAUGACAAAUACAGACUCGACCUGCUGGUGCAGGCUGGUGUAGACGUGGUUGUCCUGGACUCUUCCCAAGGAAAUUCCAUCUUUCAGAUUAAUAUGAUUAAGUACAUAAAAGAGAAAUAUCCUAACCUACAAGUCAUCGGCGGCAAUGUGGUGACUGCAGCUCAGGCGAAGAAUUUGAUUGAUGCCGGAGCGGAUGCUCUCAGAGUGGGAAUGGGCAGCGGCUCCAUCUGCAUCACACAAGAAGUGCUAGCAUGCGGGAGGCCACAGGCAACAGCUGUGUAUAAGGUAUCAGAAUAUGCUCGGCGGUUUGGAGUGCCUGUCAUCGCUGAUGGGGGGAUUCAGACAGUUGGUCACAUCGCUAAAGCACUUGCUUUGGGAGCAUCAACAGUAAUGAUGGGGUCAUUGCUCGCUGCCACUUCUGAAGCUCCUGGUGAAUAUUUCUUUUCGGAUGGGAUCCGUCUAAAGAAGUACAGAGGAAUGGGCUCACUGGAUGCCAUGGACAAGAACUUGGGCUCACAGAGCAGAUACUUCAGUGAGAGUGAUAAGAUUAAAGUAGCUCAGGGAGUUUCAGGGGCUGUUCAGGAUAAAGGCUCCAUCCAUAAGUUUGUUCCAUAUCUCCUCGUUGGCAUACAGCAUUCCUGCCAAGACAUCGGUGCAAAGAGCCUCACACAGCUGAGGGCAAUGAUGUAUUCUGGUGAACUGAGGUUUGAAAAGAGGACAAUGUCAGCUCAGAUGGAGGGUGGAGUGCACAGCCUACACAGCUAUGAGAAGCGCCUGUUUUAAAGAAGACACUACAGAUGCCAGUACAUGCAUAGCCAAACGCACAUGAACCUCCAUUAAUGGACUUCCACAAGUGCUUUUGCACAUACAGGCACCCAAACACACUGAGAACCUCAGCUUCCUCUUUCUUGUCUUCCCAGCCGCCUUUCCUCUUAGCGAGGAGAGAAACCGUGUGUGAAUGUCUGCGAGCAUAUGCCAGUUUUGCGUGAAUGUGUGUGGUUGUGGGGAACGCAUGCCGUCUGCUGUUUGAAUCAGAUGCCUUACAUGUCAAAAAAGAAGUUUUUGAUUGUAAUCAUUUGACAAAGUUUGUUGGAAAAUAUAAAUUUUUUGCCACAGAUAUUUGUCUCGUCAUAAAAUAUUACUGCAUAUGCAUCAUUUUAAGCAAUAAACAGUCAACAUUUUCUGUCCAGAGAUGAAAAUGGGUUGAUUGAGUGCCGUUGAUCUGUGUAAAACAGGAAGUGUUGUAUUUUAAUGGGAUUUCUGUCAAGUUUGUUAUAAAACGAGAACUGACAGUUCAAGUUAGGUGCAUGUGAGUACCUUUGUAAAAAUGUGCCUGUGUCAUGUAAAUUACAACAUUUUUCACUUGCAUGUGUUUUUUCAUCAUAAAUUGGUUUUCAAAUCCUGAA